AUGUGCCUCAGAGGUAAAGAUGAGGAAUACUCUCUUGAAAAGAGGGUGACUGCACCUGAAGGCAUUGCUCAGAAGAGGAAGGUGUAUGCUAAUGAGCAAAUGCAGCAGGAAGAAAUGCAGCCGUGGAUGGGGAGGGAAAGAAAGGUAAGUGUGAGAGCCAUCAGCACUGAGGAGAGGAGCAAAAUAACCCAGAGGCCAGGGCAGAGGGAGAAGCAGCAGCUCAGCAAAGCCAGAAACCAGCAGAGUGAGUUUUCCUUGUGUUUGCAUAAGUUAGCACCUGUAUUGCUUGCAGCUGGAGGAGGCAUGUGGGGGGUGGGAGACCUUCUUUCCCUGGGAAACAGGAGGGUUGCUGUUUUACAUAUGAACGAGGUUUCAAGUUACUUAAUCUCCCAGGGCAGUGAGGAAAGGCGAACACCGUCCCGUGCAGUUGACACAGCACCACCAAAACCGCGAGCAUGGCCGGGAUCUGUCAGACAGAAACUAAUGCGAGUUAACCAAGAGCGACAGCGCAACCCUCGGAGGUACACCGACCCGAACUGGUCCUGCCUGUCUGCGGAGCUCUCGUUGUGUAACACCCGCACAUGUCACCGGGGCCGCUCUCACCGCCUCCUGCGCGAACACAGCCCCGUUCGCCGGCCCAUUGUCGGGGAAAGAGCCCCCGCAGGGUGCCCCAGUCACCCGACGCAGGUGAAAACACCAUCCCCGCCCGAGGCGGGGACGUGCGACAGCCACCCGGGGACAUCGCGGGGCUGCCCCGCCGCUGCCCGGGGCUCUGCCCCCCGGCCCGGCAGCUCCGGGGAGCAGCACCGGCUCCCGGGGAGCGCCCGCGGAAGGAGCAGCAUCGCAUCCCGCUUCCCAGCGCCGCCCUACCUGUCCCGGCGGGAGCCGGGCGGAGCGGCUCGCGGGGCCCGGGGGAACCUCUCCGGGGCUGUGCCGCGGGAUCCGAGUGGAUCGGGAGCUCGACAGCCUCUCCGGAGCUGUGCGGUGGGAUCAAGAGCUGGGACAGCCUCUCCCGGGCUGUGCGAUGGGAUCCGAGCAGAUGAGGAGCUGGGACAGCCUCUCCUGGGCUGUGCGUCCCUUCGGAGCUGUGCUAUGGGAUCCGGGCGGAUCAGGUGCUGGGACAGCCUCUCCCGGGCUGUGCGAUGGGAUCCGGGCUGGGACAGUCCCUCCGGAGCUGUGCUAUGGGAUCCGGCGGAUAACAAACUGGAGAAGUUCCCCCAGAGCUGUGCUACGGGAUCAGCGCAGAUCACAAACUGCAGCAGUUCCCCCGGAGCUGUGCUGUGGGAUCCGGGCGCAUCACAAACUGGAGCAGCUCCCCGGAGCUGUGCUAUGGGAUCCGGCGGAUCACAAACUGGAGCAGCUCCCCCGGAGCCGUGCGACAGCGGCGGCUCUUCCUGGAAGGGCGCGGCGCAGUCACGGGGCCGCUCCCCGGCUCCCCCGCCCCGGCUGGGGCCACCCCGGGGCGGGCGCAGAAGCGCCCCCGGAGCCUGGGCAAGGAGCGGUCAUGGGGCAGCAGUGCUCGGGCUCUACCUGGGCUUUGUUUCCAGACACCUGCCUGACCUCUCAGCCCCGCCCGGGCCCCGCUGCGGCAAAGAAGCUCAAAGAAUGGAUGAAGACUUUAAAGCACAGGCAUUUGACUCUACCCUUCCAAGUCCAUCAGAGACUUUAAUUUCCAUUCGACUGUUAGAUUUUAAAACAAAUUUAUUGGAGGCCAUAGAAGAGCUGCGGAUAAGAAGGGAAACAGAAACUAAUUAUGAAGACCAAAUAAAUAAAAUUGUUAUAGAGAAACAGGAACUUGAAUGGCAGAAGGAAACUCUGCAGCAUCAGACUGACACACUGCAACAACAAAACAAAGAAGCUAUGGCAGCUUUUAAAAAACAGUUACAGGCAAGGAUGUUUGCCAUGGAAGAAGAAAAGGGAAAAUACCAACUUGCUGUAGAAACAAAGGAAAAAGAAAUUGAUGGACUGAAAGAAACAUUAAAAGCAUUACAGAUUUCAAAAUACACUUUACAAAAGAAACUGAAUGAAAUGGAUCAAAAGUUGCAGAUGCACUUAACAGCAAAAGAGGAGCAUCAUAAGAAGCUGAAUGAAGUUGAGAGGUGCUAUGCUACUAUUGCAUCUCGGUUUGGAGUUGUAAAAUGUGUUCAUGGCAAACUAGAGCACAGUGUGCAGGAAGCCAUACAGCACAAUAAGAAACUAGCAUCAGUGAAUAAAAGACAAGAGACUGAAAUAAAUAAUCUGAAGGAAGAGCUGAAGAAAGUAACUACAGACUUGAUAAGGUCCAAGGUCAACUCUCAGUACAGGGUGGGAGAAGAAAACAUCAAUCUUGCAGUGAAGGAAAAACAGUUUCAAGAACUGCAGCAGAAAAUCAGAAUGGAAACAGCAGUCAGUAAAAAAGUUCAAGAAGAAAACACUCACAUUAAAGAAGAAAAGCUGGAAAUUCUCAGCUCUCUACAGUGUGUGCAGGAGCUGCUUCAGAGAAUAACCCAAGCAAAUGUUAGAAUGGAAAGUGAAUUAAAUGCACUGAAAGAAGACUAUCAGGCCCUUGAAAGAGAUAAUGAGCUGCAAAGGGAGAAGGCAAAGGAAAAUGAAGAAAAGUUCCUUAAUCUUCAGAAUGAGCACGAGAAGGCACUGAAAACUUGGAAAAAUGAUGAGGAAAACAUGAGAAGAGAAAUACAGACUAUUAAAAAUGAGCUGAAUUCCCUUAAAGGACUUCACAGACAUCUUGAAGAUUAUCAUCCUCCCCAGGGAAAUCAGCAUUCUGAGCAAGUGGAAAAUCUGCAGGUAAAUUCACUAGCUCAGCCCAUACCAACAAAUGUGGGUGGUCAAGAACACUCAAAAGACAGUGAAAUACAGGCUAUUCAGAAAGAAAAUGAGUUUUUGCAGUCUGGAAUAAGUAAAUAUGGUAAUUGUGGAAAUGAAGAAGAAACUGAAGUAGAAACCACAAGGGACAAGUCUUCAAGCACUGAGGAAUUAAAGACAGAACAAAAUCCACAAGUUCUUGAGAACAGUUCUAAGGAUGAAAUUAAUGUUGCUAGCCCUCGUGAAUUAAAGCCAAGGGAGGCUUCUCCCAGGAACACCCUCUGCACAGAUACCGAUUUAAUUACCCAAGGACACAGCUCAGAAAUGCACGUCACUGGAGGCAGAGAGGCAGAAGAUGCAGGAACAGCACACAGAACGUUACCAGAUGACAACAAUGCAAAUUUAGAUCAAAAGCCACGGGACAGCACUGAGCCUUUGGCAGCACAGCACACACAAACAAGGAAGAACUUUUUAGGCAGUGCUGAGAGGAAAAGUGUAGGUGCUGAUAGGAAAAAUGGGAGUCAGGAGACCAACACUAGCAAGGAACUGUGUGAUACUGCAGAUGAAUCAGCUUGUGCCAAGGCAGAUGCAAACUCAGACAGCAGACAGCACAACAGAAGUGUCCUCACACCUGAAGCUGUUCCUUCCACUGAGAAGAGUGCUCUGCAUGGGAGAAGUACAGACAGCCACCAAGCUAAGCAGUUAAGUUUUGGCAUCCUACAUUACACUAAGGAGAAUUCUCAAGGAGAAUACCAAAAAUGUAGCUUGCUGAAUAGUGACAAUUCUGUAGGCAGUGAAUUACAUAAAGCAGAAAAAACCUUAAAUCUGAGUGGUUUACAUAGAGAUAAACUUCCUCUGGAACAGACCCAAGUGGAUGCUGAAGGCAGAAAUGAUGGCAAUGCCAGAAAUAUGAACAACACUGGUGUUCUGGCAAUUGAUGCUCAACAUCCACCAACUGUUUGUUGUGAUAAUGCAAGUGGUGAUGCUGCUGCUGCAAAGGAAUGCAGAGAAAAUAAAUCUCUCUUAGGUACUUUUAAUUUAUGCUCCCUAAAAACUGAGAGAGGAAUAAAUGCAGACAUGCACAGCAAGCAACCUGAACAAGGCAGUGCUAAACAGACAGGGAAUGCUGCAAAUACAUGGACUUCAAAUGCUGAAGCCAAAUCUCCAGUAAAGGCUGAUGGUCUCAAAAUUGCUCACAAAAACCCCCCAACAGAUAGGGCAUGUACAGAUAAACUAAUUCUAUGUACAAAUGUAAACAAUGGUACUCAGAUACACUCCAUCAAAACUGGACAUUCCUUGGAGAUUGACACAUCAACAAAUAACACACUGUUAAAAGAGAAAGACUCUCAGAGUAGUACAGUUCCAGGAAUGAAGCUUGCUGAGGGUCACUUGAAAGAAUCCUCCUCUUUACCCAUGAGAACAUCUGGAAAUUUAGUAAACAUUAGUUUAAGGUCAUCCUUUGAUCUUUCAGCUUCAGAUAAAAAAGCUGAGAAAUCUCCACUAUACUUGAAUUUUUUAGCUCUCAGUUCUUGUUCAAGAGUAAAUCAAGUGAGAGGUCAAGCUGCAUGGACUUCAGCUUCCAAGGAGCCUUCCCUUUUGAAAGACAAACCAGCACUGGAAAACACAAACAUUAUUUCAAAGACACAGAGUCAAAAUCUCAGUGAAAAUGUGGACAGUGGAGAAUCAGGAAAAGGUUCUAGCAGUCUGAGCAGAGCUGCCAACACUUUGAAUACCUCUAGUAUCCACCAAAAGCCCCAGGGAGAGCCUAGUGAAGAAUGGAAUGCUACAGCAAAGGCUUUUUAUGAUUCUUCUUUUCCCACAGAACAUGUUAAAGAAGGACUUGCUGCUUUCCAGAACAAACAGAAGUCUCCUCACAUGACUGUCACUCCAGCAAGAAGUGAAAAAGCACUCAAAGAUGAGGACAGCUGCUCUCUUCAGGACUCCAUUAUACAAAACCAAACAGGAGGAAUUGAGAAAUUGCUGAAUUUUGAGAGACUUCAUCCAGCAAGGAAGAGAAAAUAUGAAGGGCAGUGA